AUGGAUAUCUCCUACCCCGAAGAAACUGAAGGAAAAAAUCCUCUUAAACUGAAUCUUGCAAAUCGGGUUUCUGAAAAACUCUCUAAAACUGGAAUCUGGCAGAAUAUUAAUGUGGAAUGGUCAAAAAACUUUAAUUCAUAUAUUGUUACUGUUGCUCAAGUUUUAUUUGGUUCCGAACAAUAUCUCAAACUUUCGACUUUUAUUCCACUUAGUGACCUAGACCAUAUUCACACCUCUUUUUUCCAAAAUCUGGAACAAGACUCAAAAGAAAUUCUACCUUAUAUCAACUCCAAGCUCGAUCAUCAGUACGUCCUUGCUAUUGUUAGUAAUGACGAUGAACUUAUUCUUCAGUCAAUCAAUUUUGAUCUUAAGAAAAUUGAAUAA